UAAGAUGUCUGUUUUUUCUCUGUGUUCAUGUACAUAUUGACACGUAAUCUACAAUACAAUACAUAUUCAAUAUUUCUCAAUCAUUCAUAAAUUACGUUUGCUAGAUGGAUAAUCUAUUUUGUAUUGUAUACCCUGUAUAGUGUUCACCAACACCAGACCAUACUUCACUGGAAGUCUGGAAUAAAUAAAAACAAAUCACGGAAAUCUUGGGUUCAAGCAUUGCUCUCCAUCUUACGCAGAUCUGGAACAGAUUAAUUCAAUUUCUCUUCGAUGUCACGUUAUGGUUAUACACUGCAUUAAUGGAGGGAUCAAUCAUUGAUCCUCAAGUUUAAAAAUGCCAACAUUAAGAUUAAGCAUUCAAGAUUAACAGUAUCUGCACAAAAUGGUGUGUAUCGGAGGGAACUAUAGUAGAUAACUCCCAACUGAUUUGUUUAUACCUGCUGUCUCGACUCCUCCAACGAGAACUAGAAAAGUGCCUCCGAUUAGUCUCCUCACUUCCCAUGGAUAUGGAUGAAUAUUUUGAAGCGAUGUCCAAACGUCCUGUGAGCGCUGGGAUUGGAAAUAUGUUAACUCAGAUUGUAUUAUGCAACACAGGACGUCCUGACUUCAAUAUAGAAGAGAUAGCUAGUGUAGAGAAGGAUAAGAGAGAACUGGGUAAUAUUGUUGACGAUAUAGCUGAUCAUUUACCCAGAGAAGAUCCAACUAAAGCAAUUGACGGUUUAACCUCUGAAGAGCAGGACCGCAGAAAAUGGAGAAUUAGAAGGAAAAGAAGAAAACCAUUAAUACACUGCUGCUUUUGUACUCUUUAACCUUUGUACUUUUAAACUUAUACCAGGGAGUAAGGAAUAGAAGGGAGAUAUAACUGAAUCGGUUCGCCCUACCAUAUGAUUAUAAAUGCUUUGCA